AUGCCUAGUGUCGAUUCUACUAUUCCCUUCAUCGACUUCAGUGAUUUUGGAGACGGUACUGAUGAUGCCGCUAAGGAAGUCGGUGCCAGACUAUACACUGCUUGUCGAGAUGUCGGGUUCCUUUACAUCGUCGGUCACGGAAUUCCGCAAUCAGAAAUCGACUGCAUUUUCAAGACUAGCAAGGAUUUCUUUGCUUUACCCCAAGACGUGAAGAUGACCGCCCCUCAUCCUAAGGAAGCAUGGCAUCAUCGAGGGUACUCAGGUAUUGGAGUUGAGCAAGUCUCGCAAAUGGUGUUUGACGAGGACAAGAUCGCCGAGAUGAGAGGCAAGGGUGCCGAUUUCAAAGAGAGCUAUGAUAUGGGCUCUGAGGAUUCUCAUAAAUGCCCUAAUGUCUGGCUAGAAGACCAAUACCUACCUGGACUGAGAGAGACUUGUCUGGAUUUCCAAGAGACGUGCAAGAAGCUCGAGCACAAAGUCUUAAAGGCUCUGGCUCUAGGUAUGCCUGGUGUACCCGAAAACUUCUUCGAAGAAUAUCAUUCUGGGUAUGACAACCAACUACGAUUCUUACACUACCCAUCUGCACCACGUAAAGUGUUUGAUUCUGGGGAGAAAGGUCGUAUUGCAGCACAUACCGAUUUUGGGACAUGUACAUUCUUGUUCCAAGAUGAUUGCGGAGGACUAGAAGUCGAAAGCCCACAUAAUCCCGGUGUCUUUUUACCUGCGCCUCCGGUGUCUGGAGCUAUCGUGUUCAAUAUCGGUGAUUUCCUUAUGAGAUGGUCCAAUGAUGAGCUGAAAUCAACGCUUCAUCGAUUCUGUUCGGCCGAUCCUGAAAGAGUCAUCGAUGCGCUUCCUGGCACUUUCUCGGAAGAUAAACCGAAGAAAUAUGCUCCGAUCACAUCUAGGGAGUACAUCACAAUGCGAAUGAACGCUACUUAUGCGAAAUACUGA